AUGGUUUUCAAACCGUUCACCCAUCUCGCGCGUCAGAGUUUCACCAAAGCCUUCACCCAUGGCUACGCUCAGUCGGUAGUCGCGGCCUCGCAGUCUUCAUACACACCAUCCGCCACAUUAAAUCAGUUUGCGACUCAGCCGGCUGCCAAAUUCUCCCGCACCACCCAAUUACAACAUGUAUUUCAACCGUCGAGUUCGUCCGGGGCUGGCGCCAAGGCCAGUCAAGGAGGCUCGGGCUCGGGGGACUUCGGGUUAGCGGCGUAUUAUGCGGCGUGGCAGCACGCUCAGCAGACGGGUGAUGACAGUGAUUGGAAGCAGAUGCAGCUGAAGAGACGUAUUGGUUGGAAGCCAACAUCUGCCGAAGAAAAUGCCAAAUCCAAGGAGUACAGCGACCCGGGUUCCCAGAGUUCCCGCUCCGAUCUUCCUCAGUCGCCCCGUAUCACCAAAGCUACGGCCAAUGCCGACGUCAGUGCGCAGGUGGAGGAGGCUGUAGCCCGAGAGAUCCAAAUCCAAGAAGAACAGGCGCAGGCAGAGGAGGCGUCCGAGGCAGAGAACACGGCAACCGAGGCUUUCCCCGAACUGCCUCCAGAUGUUGCCGCUCUCUCGGAUGCUACCGCAGAACAAUCCCAGGUUGCUUCAGACCAGGUUGUUCAGCUGGCUUCAACGAAAAAAUACGCCGAGAUCCCGGGUGCCUUCGCUGCCUUGCUUCGAGAUGGCCUCACCCCCACUGUUGAGGCCUACAAUGCCUUGCUUGAGUCGGCUAUCCAACUCCACGGGGAGACCUCCCAGGCAAUCCAAAAAGCCCUCGAUGUCUACUCGGAUAUGCUGCGUCGGAAGGUAAUCCCUAACCAGGAGACGUACCGGACUUUGGUCGAGCUUUUCGUUGUCCGUGCGCAGGAAGCCAUCAAAUCCAGGAAGCUUCUGGAGCAAGAUCGACUGCGAUAUGGUGGCAUGGAAGAGGCCGGGAAGUUCAUGCUGCACUCAAGUGAACUGGAGCGCGCUAUCCUUGAUGAAGAUCACUCCCUCGAUAUCGCACUGAAACUCUUCGAUACAGCUACUACACGACACACUGAUCUGGUCUUCUCACUGGAUACCUACCGCUAUUUGAUCAUUGCAUGCGCUGUAGAAGGCCGGGUUGAAAACAUGGUUCGCGUCUAUGCUCACAUGGAGUCCCACGAAGUGACUCCGCAUGCCUCCAUUUUCCCGGCGAUGAUCGACGCUUUUGCUUCGACCGGAGACCUGAGGAGCGCUGUAGAGUGCUACAACGAAUACAAGGCCCUUGCAGUAUCCGACGAUAACGGUACGUUUAGCAUUGUCCAGCGGUUGGAUGGUCAAGUCUAUGCUGCAUUGGUCAAAGCGUAUCUCUCUUGUGGCAAGGAGCAAGAAGCUUUGCGGUUUCUGGAGCGGAUUCGUUCCUCGUUUGACGAGGUUACUGAAAACCGUGAAACUCGGCAGGAUGCAAUUGAGAUGGUGAUUGUGCAGGACGCACUAGUGCGCCACUCUCUCAAAUCUGGUGAGCAUGAUAGCGCCUUAGACCAUGCCAAGACCCGCUUGCACGAUAGUGCGCUGGAUCAUGCCAUGGCCCAGAUCUGCAUCGCUGCGGCGGAUGCCGGUAACCUCAAGGCCGCUUCCGAGGCGUUUGACUGUCUCCCCACUGAAACGGACAUUCGACAAGGCCCCGCUGUGUCCAUGCUGGCGCUACAUGUUCGACAGGGCGAUGUCUCUGCCGCCCGAUCCCUGUGGCGCAUGUUGAGUACCACGGGUCAGGCUACUUCGGACAUGGUCCAGCCGACUGCCAUGUACUCAGUCGCCCUACUGAAGAGUGGUCAGAUCGAGGAAGGUCUCCUUGAAGCCCGCAAUAUGUUUACCCGAGUUCGCAAUGCCUUCACCGAUAAUAAUCUUCUACUCAAUCCUAUCCGUGAACAGAUCAACGAGAGCAUUCACCUUAUCGGUCGUGUCCUUAGCCAAACUGCAGUUGUCCUCUCCCCUCAAGCUGCUAUGACUCUCCUUUGGUCGAUGACGGAGAAUGGGGGUCUUGUCUUCCCAGUUGCUGAGCAUGUUGUCUCCAGCUUUGGUCCUAUUGGUAUUUCCCAGCUCAAUGCCCGUGACCUGAUGCUGGCGCUUCAGGUCCAAGCUGGAAUGCUGGUCAAUGGCAAUGCGACCGCUUUUGAUGUUGCCCACCCCAUCCGCUUCGCUCACAUGCUUGACAUUGCUUUGGCAACCGGGCUCCAAAUGGAUCCCUUCACCACCCGUGUGGUUGACCAAGCCGUUGGUAAGCUAUUCAACAGCCGGCCUGACAUGGUCAGAAGAUGGCAUGACCAUCUUGGUUUGACAUCCAGCCCUUCUUCCUUCUUGACCGAUCGUCAUUCUCCCGCCUCGGAAAUGUCGACCCUAAGCCCCACGCCCAACGAAGAUUCGUUCGACCCGUACGCCUAUGCCACCGACUUCCGAGGGUCGGCAAUAAUUGCUGAGGAAUUAGAGAACACCCGUGGUCGACCAGAGUCGCACCUGAACGAGUCUUUGAAUCGGCUGCGAAACAUGCGUCGUGCUGGCCGUCACCCUCGCUACAUUACCUACGCCAAACUGAUCACUGCCGCCGCCAAGAUCAACCGCGUUGAUCUGGUCCAUGAGGUUCUUAGCAUGGCACGACGCGAUGUACCUCUUCUUCCCCAGUACCACGCUGUAAAGUAUGGCUGGGUGUCAAUUCUGGAUGCUAUGGUCGCCUCUUGUUUAACCCUGGGGGACCGCAGCCUUGCCACCAAGUAUCACACUGAGCUUCUUGAGCUCGGCUCAGCUCCAUCGGCGAACACCUUCGGUUUGUACAUCACGACGCUCAAGGAGUCCACCAAGACAUUUGACGAAGCAACCGAAGCCUUGAAGGUUUUCCAUCGUGCGGUGGCUGAAGGCGUGGAACCUUCCUCGUUCCUUUACAAUGCCCUCAUUGGCAAGCUCGGUAAGGCCCGUCGUAUAGACGACUGCCUCCUGUACUUUGCCGAAAUGCGUGCCAACGGAGUUCGACCCACGAGCGUCACCUAUGGAACGAUCGUCAAUGCCCUGUGCCGUGUCAGCGAUGAGCGCUUCGCCGAAGAAAUGUUCGAAGAGAUGGAGUCGAUGCCCAACUACAAGCCCCGCCCGGCUCCUUAUAAUUCGAUGAUUCAGUACUUCCUCAACACCAAGCGCGACCGGAGCAAGGUUCUAGCGUACUACGAACGUAUGCUGACCCGGAAUAUCCAACCCACAACGCACACAUACAAACUGCUUGUUGAUGCCUAUGCCUCUCUGGAGCCGGUGGACAUGGACUCCGCCGAUAAAGUGCUUGAAAGCAUGAAGGCUAACGGGCAGCAACCGGAAGCUGUUCACUACGCGUCGCUCAUCCACGCUAAGGGGUGUGUGAUGCAUGAUAUGGAGGCGGCCCAGGAUAUUUUCCGCUCCGUCGUGUCAGAGCGGAAAGUGCGUUUGCAGCCUUGUCUGUACCAGGCCCUCCUUGAAGCCAUGGUUGCCAACCAGCAGGUUGCACUAACAGAAGAGAUUGUGCACGAUAUGAAGCGGCGCGGUGUGGAGAUGACCGCCUACAUUGCCAACACACUCAUCCACGGAUGGGCUUCUGAGAGCAAUGUGGCCAAAGCCAAGGCUAUCUACGACAGCAUUGGUGUUGAAAGACGGGAACCCAGCACGUACGAGGCAAUGACCCGUGCGUUCUUGCUUGCCGACGAUCGGGACGGAGCCUCCCACACAGUUCAGGAGAUGCUAUCCCGUGGAUACCCUUGUGCUGUGGCCAGCAAGAUUGCCGAUCUUGUUGGUGGAGGACCGGCUGUCCCCCCCCCCUAA